AUGACCCCCAACAAUGUCUUCAUGCUUAACCUCACCGCAAUGGACCUGGUUUUCUUGAUUUUUGUCCCACUUGGGCUGUGCAACUUUUUUCUAUGGCACACUGAUUCCAUAAUAAAGGUCAGCAACUUUCUCUAUGCUUUAAAUCUGGCUGGACGACCUCUCCUGACAGCAUGUAUCUGUCUGGACUGUUACCUCGCCGUAGUUCACCCUGUCACCUACAGCAGAAGGAAGAGCCUGACCCCCCGAGUGCUCAUGGCCAUUGCUGUUUGGGCCAUCACGCUAGCUCAAGGGAUCAUGUCCACAGUCUUCGAUGAGUUAAACCACAGCCCCUGGGCCAUGUUUGUGUAUGUCAUAGCACUGCCUGUCAUCGUCAUCUGUGAUGUCUCCAUCUUCUGGACUCUGAAGAGGUCCCAGCAGGCGGGAAAAGCCCUCCACCCGAUGAAAAAGAAGGCUCUCCAGGUUAUCACCAACAGCAUGAUCAUGACUGUCACCGCAUAUGUCCCUCCGGUGCUGGGCUAUAUUCUUGGGGAUUUGUUGAUAAGUGAUGAGAAGGAGUUUGACUGUUUUCUAGCAAUACCCAUCCUGGUAACCCCGACUGCUGGGAGUGCAAUCAUGCCUCUUCUCUAUCUGGACAAUCUGGGCAGCAUGAAGUGCUGCUGCUGA